GUAUAUAUAAACCCUAAAAAAACAGAAUCUCUCUGUCCCCAACAAUGCCUUCUUCCUCCCGACCCUUCCUCUCACUGCCGUUCAUCCUCCUCCUCCUCGCCUCCACCGCCACCGCAUCCUCCUCAACCAACCCCAUCGCCUCCAUCCUCUGCCGUAACUCCGACACCCCCUUUCUCUGCCUCCGUAUCUCUUCUCCUCUCCGCAAUGUGAACCCAUUGACGCUAACCGAAGCUGCAAUCAAGAUCGCGACCAAAGUGGCUCUACGCGCCAAAUCUAAGGCUAUUCUCCUAUCGCUAUCGCCGCGGCUAAGCCCUCAGCAGAAAUCGAGCUUGGAAACCUGCGCGGAGAGCUAUGGCGACGUGGUGGAUGGGCUUCAGGAUAGCGCUAAUUUCCUCGCGAUGUCGUCGAUGAAGAAAGCGGGUGUGAUGAAUUACUUGUCGGCGGCCAGCUUCGGCGUGACGGUCUGCGAGGAUGCGUUCAGAGGAGUGUCGAGGACUACAUUUCCUCUGGCUAGGGUUAAUAAGACGCUCAGGAAAUACGUCUCCAAUGCUUUGGCGAUGGGGGAUCAGCUCAGCUUACAUUGGUGAGGUAAGUUUAAUGUUAAUGUGCGAUGUCGGGGGCUUAGGGUUUUUCUCACUUUCCGGUAAUCAAAAUCGUAUCUGGAAUUCUCAUAG